AUGGGGAGCCGUCUCGAUAAAAACUCCUCGCAAGUGAGGAAGCGAAUCGAAAAUCACGAGUUCGCUGAUGAAACGGGCGAGGAAUAUGAGCCAAGCGCUUUUGGUGGUUUUGGCGACUACUUCCGGCGGAAGAAGAUCAAGCUCCAAAACCUUGAUGCUGAACUGAAGGCUUCUUCAACCGACAAGCCUCAAAUCUUCAAGGGCGUGGUUGCACAUGUCACGGGCUACACACAACCGCCUCUCCACAUUCUGCAUCGUGAGCUUGUUCAACAUGGGGCUGGCUUCUUGCAGUACCUGGACUCAAAGACAAUGGCGACGCAUAUUAUUGCGUCUUCCGUUCCGCCGAAAAAGUCUGUGGACUACAGCAAGUAUCGAUUAGUGAAACCAGCCUGGGUUGUCGACUCCAUUGAAGCCGGAAGAUUACUACCGUGGUCGGACUACCGAGUAGACAACGAUGGACCUCGGCAGAAGGUUCUGAAAUUCGAUGAGUCCAACAAGCUGAGCCAAGCAACACCUCAGUCCAGAAAAGGGUACAGGGAGCAGACGGACAACAGCUUCUACACGAGCCAAUUCAAAGCAUCCGCCGGCAGUCCAGCCACACCGUCCUUGAGUAAAUUUGUAGAGCGUGCUGAAUCGCCACUGGCUCGCAAACAUGAUCAUAGCUCUGACAACCCUAGAGAGUCACCACGUCCAAAUGUUCCGAAAUUCAAGAAAAAGGACGAAGUGGAAGAGUUCGAUGACAACGAAAUCGAUGACUUGAUGGUCGAUAUUCUCCCACUUGAGGCCACUGCUUCCAAGAAUGAGCAGCCGAAGUAUGAGCAGACCGAGAGCAAACUUGUGCCGGUUGCUGUCGAAGAGCCGAAGGAAGAAAGCAAGAUGCCGGCAAACAUGACUUCUGAAGAACACAACGCCUGGUUACUCUCGGAUCCGAAAAUCUGGAAGUCUUCAACGGCAAAUCCGGACUUUUUGAAGCAGUUCUACUCGGAAAGUCGCCUCCAUCACUUAUCGACAUGGAAAGCAGAGUUGAAAUCAAAGAUGCAGAGACUCGCAAAAGAAAAGGGGCCUUCUUCCAAAGCCAUGAAAAGAAAGCCAGGAUCACGACGGUAUAUAAUCCAUGUCGACUUUGAUAGUUUCUUUUGCGCGGUUUCCUUGAAACGCAAUCCGGAAUACGUCGAUAAGCCGACUGUAGUGGCCCACAGCAGUGGCACUGCCUCAGAGAUUGCAAGUUGCAAUUAUGUUGCCCGUAAAUUUGGGGUUAAAAACGGCAUGUGGAUGAAGAAAGCACUUGAGCUUUGCCCCGAUAUCAAAGUUCUCCCAUAUGAUUUUCCUGCUUACGAAGAAGCAAGUCGUCUUUUCUACGAGUCAAUUUUAGAAAUUGGAGGAGUUGUACAGAGCGUCAGUAUUGACGAGGCACUUGUUGAUAUAACUUCGAUCAUUCUCUCUGGUGCAGGAUCUGACGGCAUCGGAGUUGAUGAGGACAGUAUUUGGAGGGAGCAAGAAAAGGCAGAGCAAAUCGCCCUUGAGCUUCGCAACAAGAUCAAAACCUCUACCGGCUGCGCAGUAUCUGUGGGCAUUGGAGGCAACAUCCUGUUAGCCAAAGUUGCCCUUCGCAGAGCGAAGCCUGCCGGGCAAUUUCAAAUAAAGCCUGAGCAGGUACUUGACAUUAUUGGGGAACUUGAGGUCAAGGAUCUUCCUGGAGUUGCCUAUAGCCUCAGUGGCAAACUUGAAGAAAUCGGUGUCAAGUUUGUCAAGGAUAUCCGGCAGGUCUCAAAGGAGCGGUUAUCAUCCUCUCUAGGGCCAAAGACUGGUGAAAGGCUCUGGGAAUAUGCCCGCGGCAUUGAUCGAGUUGAGAUCGGAGAGCAGCCCCCCAGAAAAUCUGUUUCAGCAGAAGUCAAUUGGGGAAUACGCUUCAUCAACCAGCAAGAGGCUGAAGAAUUUGUUUUAAACCUUUGCAAAGAACUGGAACGUCGCCUGCUUAACGAGCAGGUCAAAGGAAGGCAGUUCACAAUGAAGAUCAUGCGCCGGGCUCAGGAUGCUCCUUUGGAUCCAGCAAAGCACUUGGGUCAUGGUAAGUGUGAUAGUUUCAGCAAGAGUAUUGUGUUUGGAGUUGCCACUCACGACGCUGAGGUGAUCGCAAAGGAAGCUGUCUCUGUUCUUCGAUCUUACAGAUUCAGUCCUGGUGAUCUUCGUGGCCUCGGUGUUCAGCUGACGAAGCUCGAACCCAUUAAAUCCGGCCCAACUGGCCCAGAGAGUAGCCAACGCAGGUUGGCAUUUCCCACUUUCAACGGUCCUACUUCGGCGAAGAAAGCACAGUCGGAUCCCAUUGAGGAUUCAAAAAGCCCUUCAAAGUUAAACGCAACCCAAAGUCGUGCGGGUUUUGCACAAGAUCCCAUUGCAGACGAUCCUUUGACUCCACGGAAACCCAAAGUGCAUCCAGCCUUGGCGCUGGCACGCGCUGGUGAAAAAGAUGAAAAGGCAAAAACGCCUUUAAACAUCAUGGGCACUCAGUUCAUUCUUCCAUCACAAGUUGACCCAGCCGUACUAGCUGAGCUACCGAGCGAUAUUCGAUCCAAGCUACAAAGAGGUCAGAAGCCAACCGCAGCUCGACAAGUGUCGCCUCAAGUGAAGUCACGGAGCCAAAGCCCGGCGAUCCAUGACGAUAUCCCAUCACAGGUUGAUCCGGAGGUUUUCAAUGCACUGCCUGAGGACAUGAAGGCAGAGGUCCUUGCACAAUACGGUAGAAAGGGCAACCAAACCCUCUUACCGCAGUCACCACGUAAAGACAGAUUCAUCCAACCAAAGAAACAAACAACGCCGACCAAAAGAGGAGGCAGGAGUUUGUGGAACAAUACAAAAGAAAAACAGCAAGACGCAGCGGCAAACCGUCUACAGACAAGCUUCUUACCGAAAAAAGGAGCUACCACUAUCGCCCAGGAGGAAGAGCCGGAUGAACUGGAUCCAGAGUUUCUUGCUGAGUUACCAGAGGAUGUCCGUCGAGAACUUAUUGAAGACCAUCGGAGGAAGCGCCUCGCUCAGCGUUCUGGGCUGAAUUUUAACGCCCCUCGGAAAGCUCAUGCGGCAGAAACAAGCGACUUUCUACCUGGUGGACAGACCAAACUUCAGUUUCCAGCGCCCCCACCUAAAGCCAGUUUCAUGGGGUCUAUUGUGAAGUCGACACAGGAGGUCAAGGACAUGAUGGAAGCUUGGCACGAUGGGACCAGGACAGAUGGCCCACAUCAAGACGAUGUCGUCGUGUUUGAAAAGUAUUUGGCCAAGGUCGUUGUGGAGGAGAGAGACAUGCAUAAAGCGGCAAAGCUGGUGCAGUGGCUCGAGUGGUUGGUUGAGGAGGACGGCAGCGAAGGAAGAGGGAAACAAAGCUGGAGGAAGGCCCUCAUCAACGUCAAAGCCGAGGUGCAGAGAGCGGUGGACAGAAGAGGCUUGGGACCACUCAAGCUAUAA